AUGUUGGCGCUGCCAGCACCGGGCGAUGGAGAUGAUGUGGCACAGGUCUGUUGCGGCAUUCUCCUGCGUUCGCGAAGACUGGAGCCGGCAGGUCAUGCGUUUCAUGCUGUCCACGAGAAACCGAACAUCAAGGCUCCGAAGCAUCAUGGCAACCGGCAGAAGGCCGAUGCCGCCAGUGACGAUGACUCACCACCAGAUUCCUGGAGGAAGAAGAAAAAGGAAGCCGGUGGACGGACAGGUGCGCUGAGGCUGAGCCCACUCUUGACUGGUGAGAAUCUAUACACGUUGCUUGAAGUCAGUGAGGCAGCCUCGGUGGAGCAAAUCAAGAAGCAGUACCGCAAGCUGGCCCUUCAAUACCACCCUGACAAGCAAGACAAGCAAGGAGAAACGGAAGAAAAGUCCAGCGGCCUCAGUGAGAAGGAUCAGCACUUCAUCAAGAUUCAGGAGGCCUACGAGGUGUUAUCGGACCAGGCGAAGCGACGCCAGUAUGACUCCACGCUUGACUUUGACGACGCUGUUCCGGACGAGGUCGACGAAGACGGCUUCUAUGAAACGUUUGGGCCCGUCUUCAGGCGGAACGCUCGCUGGAGCACGAGGUUCCCUGUACCAGAAAUCGGCGAUGAGCAGACCGAUAUGGUAAAGGUCCGCAAGUUCUACGACUUCUGGCUGUCCUUCGAUUCGUGGAGAGAUUUCUCAAUGCAUGAUGAGUACAAUCUCGAUGAUGCGGAGUUUCGGGAGGAACGAAGGUGGAUGGAAAGGCAGAAUCAGCGAAUCCGGAAGAAGUAUGUUGAGGCUGAGCGAAAGAGAAUUAUGCGACUUGUGGAAAAUGCAGAAAGGUUUGAUCCUCGAAUACGAGCUGAAAGAGAGGCACGUGAGAAGAAGAAGCGAGAGGAAAAGGAGAAGAGAGCUCGAGCGAAGCAGGAGGAGCUUGAAGCAAAGCAAAGGGAGGAGGAGGAGAAGCGAAGGAAGGCUGAACAGGAAGAGGCCGAACGGGUGGAGAAGGAGCGCUUGCUGCGUGAGCAGAGGAAGCAGGACAAGCAGGUGGCAAAGACCCUACGACAACGUUUUAAAAAGAUCGUGCAAGGAAAAUGCACGCUACAGCAGCUGGAGCUCGAGGAGCUUCAAGACUUCUGCCUCGUGAUGGAUUCAGAGAAGCUCCAAGAUCUGUGUGAUCGUCUUGAGGGAAUAUCGGAUGCCAAAGAAUCAGAGGCGUUUGUUCGGUCGGAGCUUUGUGAGGCGCGCAAGCGGCGUGCGGAAGAGGAGCGGCAACGGCAGGAAAGGCAGAAGCAGGAGGCAAAGAGGCGUGAGGAGGAGAAGGCCACAGAAUCAAAGGAGUCUACGCCGUGGACGACCGAUGAGCUCGGGGUUUUGGCAAAGGGUCUGCAAAAGUUUCCUGGGGGAAUGGGUGGCCGCUGGAACUUGAUCACGAAGUUGCUGAAUGACAGCGGGUACCCUCGGGCAGAGAAGGAAGUGGUUGAGAAGACCAAGGAGCUGUCCGAAGGUCAGUCGCUACGGUCCAUGGGGUCUAAGAUCUCGCAGGACUUUCAGGCGCCCAGUGCAAAAGCAAAGGCCAAGGCUGCUCCAAACGAGGCGGAGAAGGCAGAGAAGGCGGAGCCUAAGGCGGAGAAGGUGGAGACGAAGGACAUGGACUGGACCGCGGAGCAACAGCAGGCGCUCGAGAAAGCACUCCAAAGGCACCCUGCAACUCUGGAUAAGAACGAGCGCUGGAAGCUGAUCGCAGCUGACGUCCCGGGCAAAACAAAAGCCCAAUGCGUGGAGCGGUUCAAGUUUUUGCGAGAGCAGCUCAGCAAGGCCAAGAGUUGA